AUGUCUUACAACAAUAAUAGAUCAGAUGGAUUCAAUUCAUACGGUAGACCAGGUGGAAGAGGUGGUUUCCGUGGUAAUGGUGGUGGAUACGGUGGCCGUGGUGGUGGCCGUUUCGGAGGUGGAAAUAGAUAUGAUGAAAGAGUUGAGUUGACUACACCAGAAUGGGAUUUAGAUACCUUACCAAAGUUCGAAAAGAACUUUUAUCAAGAGAACCCUGCUGUUACAGCUCGCUCUGCUCAAGAAGUUGAUCAAUUUAGAAAAGAGCAUGAGAUGACUUGCUUAGGAGACAAUAUUCCUAAACCAAUCACUACCUUUGAUGAGGCAGGAUUUCCAGACUAUGUUUUGAGGGAGGUUAAAGAACAAGGCUUUCCCCUGCCAACCGCCAUUCAAUGUCAAGGAUGGCCAAUGGCUUUGAGUGGUAGAGAUAUGAUAGGUAUCGCAGCUACGGGGUCAGGUAAAACAUUAUCAUAUUGUUUACCUGCUAUUGUUCAUAUUAAUGCUCAACCGUUACUUAGUCCUGGAGAUGGACCCAUUGUCCUUGUUUUGGCUCCAACUAGAGAAUUAGCUGUUCAAAUUCAACAGGAAUGUUCCAAAUUUGGUGCCUCGUCUAGAAUAAGAAACACCUGUAUUUACGGUGGUGCUCCAAAAGGUCAACAAAUAAGGGAUUUAGCAAGAGGUGUUGAAAUUUGUAUCGCAACACCUGGAAGGUUGAUCGAUAUGUUGGAAACUAAUAAGACUAAUUUAAGGAGAGUUACUUAUUUGGUUUUAGAUGAAGCCGAUCGUAUGUUGGAUAUGGGAUUCGAACCUCAAAUCAGGAAAAUUGUUGACCAGAUCAGACCAGACAGGCAAACUUUAAUGUGGUCUGCAACCUGGCCCAAGGAGGUUCAAAACUUGACUAGAGAUUAUUUGAAUAACCCCAUUCAAGUUACUAUUGGAUCUCUUGAGUUAUCGGCUUCUCACACUAUCACUCAGAUUGUUGAAGUUGUUUCUGAAUUUGAAAAGCGUGAUCGUUUGGUAAAACAUUUGGAAACAGCAACUAGUGAUCCUGAAGCCAAAAUAUUAAUCUUUGCUUCCACAAAAAGAACCUGUGAUGAAAUAACCAGUUACUUAAGAGCAGACGGAUGGCCAGCAUUAGCAAUUCAUGGUGACAAGCAACAAAAUGAAAGAGAUUGGGUUUUGAGAGAAUUCAGAUCAGGUAAAUCACCAAUUAUGGUAGCAACUGAUGUUGCGGCAAGAGGAAUCGGUAAGUAUUUUUUUUUUGAGAUCCAUUUUUACUAA